AUGGCACCCAAGUAUGGCCUGCGCUCAGCCCGCAAUCAGCCAUGUAACUCGUCUCCGUCCUCGAGUACCGAUAAAUGGCUUUCGUGGAAGAAGCUGUUGUUUGGCAGCAGGAAAAAGGCCCUAACCUUCGAAUCGAUCGUUAACGGCUGCACUUGUUCGCCCUGUGGAUUGGUCGACUUUAUGAAUUACCUCCUUUAUGUUGAACGCGCCGCCGAGAAUCUUCAGUUCUACCUGUGGUACCAGGAUUAUAUCCAGCGCUUCGCAUCUCUCUCUGAAUCGCAGUGGGCACUGUCGCCGCCGUGGACCGAGGAGCAGCGGAAGAAAGUGAUCAGGCUUAACAAUCGAACGAAGGAGAGAGCAAAGCGUGCUCCUUCUAUCACUGGUGCCUUUGUGCCUGCUCCCGCCUUUCCACCUGUUGGGGAAACCGAGCUGGACGAUUUGACUCCAUUUGCAACCCGCCCGAGCAGUUCUCACAUCGACUUUGAAACCAGCAGCAUCACCCGCGGAGACUGGUUUGAAUGGGAUGGAGGAUCAAAAGCGGGGGAAUGCCAGGAGUCUAUCGAUGAAUCAAGCGCUUUUGACGGUGUCGUCCCUCUUGAGCCAUUUACCAUUCAACCACAUCGCAAGGAAAUUAACCGAAUCAUAUCAACCUACAUCUCAGAUAAUGCACCCCGACAGCUGAAUCUGACAUCAAUAGAGCGCAUAAUAGUGAUGCAGGCUUUAUCUGCUACGACUCAUCCAUCCGCCUUUGCCGGCGUAGUGCAAGAAGUUGAAUGGAAUCUACGCCAACAAUCGCAUCCACAAUUCCUCCGAUGGUCUCUAAAUAACAGCAAUAGCAGCCGGCUACUGUGUGCUCGUGUAUGUAGCAUGCUAAUCAUCGCCUUUGGGUUAGCUUUAGCGAUUGUCUUGGUAUUCAGCAAGGCUCAUCGCGGCUGGAGGAUGUUUUCCGCCCUGCUUCUAUUCCCUGGCAUCGCAUCAUUGAUUGCUGCGAUGGAGGGAACCUGCAUGCUAUUUCUUUGUUUUUACAAGCGCCAGCUACAUCCUUGGGAAGUAUACGGCGCAACAAAUGAGGCUCCAAAGAACUCCUGUCGACUUGAUCGGAGAGCCUUUGAUGCUUUCGGAUUGACUAAUUCCUACGACGACGAACCUUGGAGACAGAAGAACAAGAAAAGGGGCUUCUUCAGCAAAGUUUUUGAUCCACCAGUGCGAAUUCAGGAUCCAACCCUUUGUCAACUUCAGACCAUGACCAUCAUCCGUUCAACGACACUCGGAACCGCGAUAACCGGCGUGCUUGUUGGUAUCUUCAUGACCUUACCAAAUGGGAACUAUUUCUAG